GCUCGGCUCGGCCCGGCUCGGCUCGGCUCGGCGGGGAGUUCGGGACGGGGGCACAGCAGCCCGCGGCAGCGGUGGCACCAUGCAGCAGGAAGCUGAGGGCAGCCGGCCACGCCGCAGGAAGCCCGACAUGGCCCUUUAUGUGCCCAAAGCGCGGCGGGAGAGAGCAGUGCAAGCAGCAGGCAGCACAGCAGCCGGGCAGCGCCGGGAGCCUGAGAACCACCGCCUGGGGCAGGACACUUGCCAGGCCAGCAGCGAGGGGCAGAGGCGAAGCCCCCGUGCCAGGACACAGGCGGGCAGAGUGGCGAGGAGGGAGAACAAGGGGGAUGCUGGCCCCAAGGAGCCACGGGCAGCCUCUGCUGGCCACAGCUCGAGGCUGGGAGGCAACCGCCCCAUUGCACCAGAGAGCCUAAGAGCAUCACCCAGCAUACGGGAGCCGUGCCUGGAUCCGGCUGUUGCCCAGGACAAAGCAUCCCAUAGGGAAGGACUUGGGGGGGUCAGCCAUGGCCAACAGAUGAUGAGGACUCAGCCUGACCCUCCAUCCACACUGAGUGCCAAGCCUGGGGCCGUGGAGGCUAUCCCCAAGCCGGGGGGUGACCCCACCAGCCCAACGCCAGCAUGUCAGAUAGGGCCAAGUGGUGUGUCAGAGAUGUCCCCAGGCCCAGCUAGGGAUGUCUCCCAGAGCCCAGGAGAGGAUGUCCUGCAGCCAGCAGGGCUGGGUGACCUGGGCAGUAUGCACAGGCUGGCAUGGGAGGCAAUGGGUCCAAAAGCCCAGGAGGAAGAGAGGGAGUGUGGGGGUUCUCUUCAGGCAGGGCAGAGUGAGGGCUGUGCCACUGGGGUGCCAGAGGAUGAGGAGAGUUGGGGAGGAACGGCAGAGCGUGUCUUGGGUGCACCGGGAGUCAGCUGCGAACCUGAGCGCUCAGGGGGUGGCACGGACGAUGCUCCAGUGCUCCCAGGGAAGAGCACCCCGGGGCAGGGCAUGGGCAGCCCAUCCCGGCUUCCACAUGGCAAGGAAGAGAGCAGUGCAUGUGCUGCACAUCCCAGUGGGGAGGGAGCGGGCAGCCAUUCUGCCUGCACAGACGGCAGCACUGGGGCUGAGAGUGGCCGGCUGGGUGCUAGCGAGGAGCUGGCGAGUGGAUCAUGGAAUGGGGCACCCUCAGAGAGCGGGGAGCCCCCAGCACCCCUGGAGCUGCUGUGCCGUGGUGUAGAGGAACUCUUGCCUGCAGCCUGGGCUGAGGAGCCAGCAGGGGCAGAUGAGGAUGCAGGCUUGCCACAGCAGCACCAGUGCAGCCCGGAGAACAAGGAGGAGGAGAGAGGUCUCCGUAGCAGCUCCCCAAAGGAAGAGCAGAGCAGCACCAGUGCCAGAACCCCAAACCAGGCCAGCCCGGGUGCCGAGGAGAGCUGGGACAUGCUGUUCAAUGAUGAUGGAGACUGCCUGGACCCACGCCUGCUGGAGGAGCUCUCAGGGGGCAAGAAGAGGCAGGAGAGCCAGCAAUCACCCCGCUUUGACUACUAUGGGGCUGAGCCUGCUGCACCGGACAUCAGCGACGAUGAGCUGCCCCAUGUCAUCGAGAUCUAUGACUUCCCCUCGGAUUUCCGCACUGAGGACCUGAUGCGUGUCUUCUGCAGCUAUCAGAAAAAAGGCUUUGAUAUUAAGUGGGUGGAUGAUACACAUGCCCUGGGUGUCUUCUCCAGCCCCAUAACAGCACGCGAUGCCCUCAGCACCAAGCACCUGAUGGUGAAGACACGUCCACUGUCCCAGGGUACCCGUGCCUCUAAAGCCAAAGCCAGGGCGUACGCUGAAUUCCUGCAGCCAGCCAAGGAGCGUCCUGAAACAUCAGCGGCCCUGGCCAGACGGCUGGUGAUUGGUGCCCUGGGAGUACGCAGCAAGCAGACACCAGCCCAGCGAGAGGCUGAGCGUAGGAAGCUGCAGGAAGCCCAGGAGAGGAAGCGCCUGGAGAACAAGCAGCGGGAGGAUGCUUGGGAGGGCCGAGACUGAGCCAGGAGGCUGCACCUUCAGCCCCACUGGCAACCCCGCUGGGUGCCAGGCCCCUCUCUGUUCAGGCACGGCACCCUGCAUUUCAGAGCUGGGACGGAUGCUGGACCGCAUCCAAAACCUGCUCCACUAAGCAGG